AAUUAUUUGCCGUCUCUAUGGCAACCCUGUAGCCGCUGUCUGAGGAUGGAGACCACCGAGUCCACGGAGGAAUCGCAGUUGCGAUCUUUAGAUGUACAGCCCAACUCCGAUGGACUAGGGUUCACUUCAGAACCGUUUACUUCUGACAGUGGCCCUAGAUCAGCUCUGAGAGCCGCAGCUAGAGCAGCUGCCGCAGCUGCUGCGGCCUCUGCAACCGCCACCACCGCCAAAGCAGCUGCAUUAGCUACAAAGACCCCAGCUGUCUACGCUGAGCCAAGCCUCCUCACGGCGCCCUUCUCUAACACACUUUUUGGGGAUCCCUGCACCAGACCCAGCCUUACCCACAGGAUAGGCCAUGGGAGACUUGGCUUUGAGCCUGUCUAUGUUUCCUGUCUUGCUCGGGAUCCCUGUACUACACAUGACAUUAGCUCCAGCUCUGGCCCUGGCCAUGGUUAUGGUCGAGGCACCUGUUCUGAUUCUGGCUCUGGCCCUGGCCAUGGUUAUGGUCGAGGCACCUGUUCUGAUUCUGGCUCUGGCCCUGACCAUGGCUCCAGUCCUGGCCAUGGUUAUGGUCAAGGCACCAAUUCUGAUUCUGGCCCUGGCCCUGGCCGUGGCUCCGGUCCUGGCCAUGGUUAUGGUCAAGGCACCGGUUCUGAUUCUGGCUCUGGCCCUGCCCAUGGCUCCGGUCCUGGCCAUGGUUAUGGUCAAGGCACCGGUUCUGAUUCUGCCUCUGGUCCUGACCAUAGUUUUGGUCAAGGUACUGGCCCUGAUUCUGGCCCUGGUCCUGUCCCUGACUCUAGGCCUAGUCCAGGCUGUGACCAUGACCCUGAGCUCAGCCCCUAUGCUCUUUCAUGCUGCAGAAACCCCAGGACAGAUCUGAUUCCUAAUUGUGUCUCUUGGAGUCACUACAGUCACUGGGACACUCAAAAACAACCACCCUGGAAAUUUUUGCAAGUCUCAGAACCUGGUGCCCGGGGGCUAUGGAAGCCCCACAAGGUUGAAGGGAAGUGUAAGAUUCUCAGUGAAACAUUGCCACGUGGCCAGUGCCUUCUCUACAACUGGGAGGAAGAGAGAGCCACCAACCACCUGGAUCAAGUCCCAAGCAUGCAAGAUGGCUCUGAGAGUUUCUUCUUCCGCCAUGGACACCAGGGACUGCUGACCAUGCACCUACAGUCACCCAUGUCUUUUAGCACCACCCAAAAAGAUUCAUACCGGCCCCCGGGAAAGCAUUAUCAGCCAGUUCGAGGGAAGCGUGAAGCCAUGCUGGAGAUGCUCCUGCACCACCAGAUCUGUAAAGAGGUGAGGUCAGAGCAGGAACCCACAAGGAAUCACUUUGAGGUUGAGUCUGUGACACACCAUGACUAUCAAAAGGAGCUGGUGCAAGCAGGACCUCCUGCCCCAACAAAGCCUCAUGACUACUGUCAGGAGCAGCCUGAAACCUUCUGGAUACAGAGGGCACCACAGCUACCGGGUGUCAGUAACAUCAAGACACUGGAUACACCAUUCCGGAAAAACUGCAGCUUCUCAACACCAGUGCCUUUGUCUCUGGGGCAGCCUUUGUCCUAUGAACCUGAGACUCAUUCCCCCCAAUUAGGAGAAAUCUCUUCCCUUGCCUGUCAAGGUGGUGGAGGGGGUAGAAAUACUCCUGUCUAAGCAUUGAGGAGGGAAGUGGAAUGUGAAAUAUGGGAUCUAUUUCUAUCUAUACUGGAGAGGUGGGGAGGAAGUGAAUUCUGUCUGUAUUUGAAGAAAUGUCCUUACAUAAAGGGUUCUUUCUCAUCCUGAGAC